UUCAUUUGUUUAUUUUCUUGUUAGAAUGGAUUCAUUGGAAACUGCCAUCUAUGAGAGUCUUGACCCACUCACAACACAGGAUAAACGUUUAAGAGCUUUAGAAACACUUGAAAAGGCAAAAGCAGCGGAUAACAGUUGGCAGUUAUGUAUGGAAAAGCUCUUUGGAACCAGAAAAGUAGAGGUUCAGUUCUGGUGUUUGCAAAAUUUGAGUGAUAUUAUAAAUAGUUCGAGUUGGAGUAAUUUAAAUACAUCAGUCAAGUUGUUUGUGCGUGAGGCACUGACUUUUUAUUAUUUUGGAGUACACUUUGAAGAUUGGGACGGUUGUGAGGAAGCAUUGGAAAACUGGAGACAUUGGAGAAAGUUAUUCUCAGAAACAAGUUUGGAAGCCAGUGUUCCCAACUUUGUGAGAAACAAAUGUGCUCAGUUAGUUUCUUCGUUGGUUGCUCAAGAAUAUCCGCAUUCCUGGCCCAAUAUAUUUCGUCGUUUGUUUUCCAUACUACCUAAAAUAGACAAUAUGAAACAGACCUGUUUUGCAGCGGAUAUUGAACUGCUUCAUAGAUUCUUUCUGAUGUUACAUUCUUUGGACGAAGACUUUAUUUCUCUCUCUGCCAUACAGCGAUGUGGUGAGAUAGGGACAAGACUAAGGGACGCUCUUAGAAUUGAUUGUAUUCAACAAGUUGUGAGUUUGGCCAUUCAACUAUCUCAUCUAUAUGAUAUGACUAACAAUUCAAAACUGGAAGAAGUUUGCUGUUUGUCUUUGGAUAUUUGUCGAAGAUUUGUGGAGUGGAUUGAUAUUUCUUUGGUGAUGGAUCAAGUAUUUAUAUCCACAGUAUUUUCUAUGAUGAUUCAUUCGGGAAAGCAGUGUGCUCAAUCCAUCUCUGCUCGUAUAUUUUUGGAAAUAAUUUCGAAAAAGAUGAACUUGGAGAGAAAAUAUCAACUUUUGCAUUCACUCAAUCUUAAUCAGUUCUUGAAUCAUUUAUCCACAGCUCUAAAAGAAGCGUCCACAAAUCAUUCUGUCGAGGAAAACCCAAGAACCGUAGAUUAUUUAGAGCAGCUUGGUUAUCAUGCCUUUGAAGUUGAAAUUGUUGCUUUGGUAAAUGUCAUUGCUGCAGAAGCUCUUGAGUUGAUGAAAGCUUUGAAAAGGCAUUCAUUGUCCUCAGUGGAUAUAUCUCAAGUAAUCGAGUGGACUCGUAAUUGUUUGCCAAUCAUCAUACAAUGCUUUCAAAUAGAAGAUGAGAAGAUGGGUCGGGAUACUUUGGAGUUUUUUAUGAGUUACAUUAACAAUUGUAAGGAUCUAUCUGAUGAUAUUGGCUGUACUUUUAUUUUAUCCAUCAUUUGGGACCAACUCAUAUUAACCGAAGAGAAAACUUUGACAGAAGAAAAGCUUAUCCAACUUCAAGAACAGCGAGGACGAAUAUUGACUUUAUUUAAGAAUAUUUGUCGUGUUUAUCCUGCUUUGGCUAUGGAAACCAUACAGAAUCGUUUGGAACAACUGCAUCAAGUACAAGGUUGGGAUAUGCCUAUUUUAGAAGAGAUGGAAUGCAUAUAUUGCAUGACAAAUGCAUUUGUAGAAUUGACUCAUAAGACAAAAGAAUGGGAUUAUUUCGUAUUUCGAAUUUUGUCCGUUUUACCUAAACUGGAAUGGUUUUCCGUAUGGAGUGAUUCAAAUGCGCAUAGUCGACAAUGGAUAAUGGAACAACUUAUCAUCGCAUACGAUAAUUUAUUGAGUCAUUCCAUGAGUCUAGUUGAGUCGGAUAUGUCCUUAACUUACAACGUUCUUAUUUAUUUGAUGGAUGAGAGAGGACUGCGGAAUCCUUAUUCAUCUAAACUUCGCAAUAAGGCAGCAUCUAGCUUACUGAGGUUAGCACGUCCUUUGAGACAAAUCUUAGCUACGCAUUUCUUUGAGCUUAUAAUAACCAAUCUUGAAUCUGUCGUUCUACAAUCGAGUCAGAAUAUGCAUGCUUCACAUAUUCUUCAAUUGGAUCGAAGUGAUCAUAUUGGUUUACCAGAAAAGCUGUUUUUAAUUGAAGUUGUUGGAAUUGUCUUGGGAAGUUGUUGGGAUUCGGGGUUUUCCAGCGAAUGUGAAAUGAGGCUAGAAAGUUGGUUGUUUAAAUUGAUCACUACUUUGGAGUCUUGUAUAGGCACACAAAAUGUCUCUUUAGGUUAUUGUAUAAUGGAAGCGCUAACUUGUAUUGCUAAAGGGUUUACAUUAGAUAGGCAAGAUAGAGAGGAUAACAAACCAUCUCAUGGCAAUCAUCAUGCAUCGUUACAACAAGAAUGGAAUAUGUCCUAUUCCGAACGAGUGGUUUCCAACUCUAUUGAUUAUCUUACAAGUUGUUGGAAACGAUGCUUUCCUGUCGUGUUUCAAUUUUUACAAAAUUAUGGCUCUUUAUCAGUUACCAAAGAGAAAUGUUUGAUAUUUUUACACCGCAUGGUGGAAACACUUGGAGAAGAAGCCCUUCCGUUUAUUCAGUCUUCAUGUUUGGAGUUGAUAGCUUUACAUACAAACCCUACGGAACUCACGGAUAUCUUUCUUUUGAUCAACCAAAUCAUAGUAAGACUGAAAGGACAAGCUCGUUCCUUUUUAUUUGCAAUAUUUCAACCACUUUUACAGAGCUUUUGUCAUUAUUUCCGAUCUAGUAAUGAAUACUUGCAAUACUUUAUGGAAGAUCCUUUACAUUCUCGUAGUGAGAUAUGGAGAGAAAAUAUCGAACUCCUUAAGACAUUUCAUUUGUUUGUCUAUCAUUUGGUUACUCAACAUUUGGAAGAUUUACUAUUGCUACCUACUCAUCAACACUUUUUGUUAUUUUGUUUGGGAACUUUAGUGGAUGCAGUUUCUAUCUCCACUCAUAAUGUGACUGUAGAUUUCCUUUGGACGGAAUGUAAAUAUGCGUGGAUAGUUGUUCGAAAACUUGUCUUACAACCUAACGCUGAUACUCUGAACCUCGAAUGUACUGGUUUCAGUUUGAGACAGUGGAUUACGCGGACCUUUGUUCCUUUAAGUCUUCUUUUAUUAUUUCGAUUGGAGUGGAAAAAGUCAAACAAGGUACAUUUAGGAAUAAUCGAAGAAAUUGUCGAGUUUUAUAUGGCGUGCACAACUAUACCUGAUUGGGAAACGUGCUUUCAUCAAUCUCUUUCCGAGUUGCCACAGAUUCCUUCAUCGACAUGUCAAGAGCUAUUUUUGGUUUGUAAACAACAAGACAAGAAGACCCUUUAUGCAUUUUUGAUCAAUCGAUUAUCCAAAGAAUGACCUUUUGAAAACUUCAAUUGAAUAUA